AUGGGACGAAACUCAAUAGCGAAAGCAAGACGGCGUUCCUGUGGACCCUUCCAUACACGCAGGCCUAAAUCUAAGAGACGGAUUCGGAGUCGGCGCUCUGUUCAUUCUCAACAUUUUACAGUGAAAUUGUUUCUGGAAAGGCUUGCUGCGGCAAAGCUUGCUGCUACUACCACCAUGCCUGAGUCUCCAUCAUCAAGCAUAACUAAGCAAGAAGAAGUGGAAGAAGCUCGCCAUGAUCAACCACAAACCCUAAUCCCACUCAUUAAGUCCUUUUCCAAUGUUAUGUAA